AUGCCCACACCAAGGAUUAGGACCGUCGAAGGGUCAUGCUGGGGAUGUAAGGAACGCAGAGUGAUCUGUGAUCUGACAUUGCCAGCUUGUGCCAAAUGCUCCAAGGUUGGAAGACGUUGUGAUUAUGGCAAGGUCAGAUUACGGUGGACGGACUGUGUAGCUUCCCGAGGACGUCUAGCCGGCAAGAAGAUUCCUCUGUGCAAACCCGCAGCCCUCAUCAAGAGCGCCGACCACCAUAUGCUCUACUUCUCUCAAGAAGUCCUUCCCCGCUUCACCAUUUCGAACUCAGUACUGCACCUCGACCUGACCGAGUUGUCGAAAGAUCCUGUACUUCUCCAGUCGGUCGUUGCGGUUGCAAAUGCUCAUGCGACGUACCGCAGUGCCAACGAGAAAGCCUUGUCACUAUCGAAGAUCGAGGACCGAAAUAAUGCGCUUAGAUUAUUCAGGGAACACUUGAUGGGCGCGCAUACAGAAGAGCUUAACCACUCCCUGUUCAUAGCCAAUGUGCUUCUCUGCAUACUCGAUGGAAUCAUUGAACCUAUUACGGAAAGCUCUGCGACUCACCACCAUAUCAUCGGAGGAAAGGCUAUUUUGAAACAAUGGAAGGGCAUGGGAGGAAUACUACAGACAAAGUACGAGCUGCCACUAUUGAUGCUCUCGAUAUUCGCGACGCUGGACCUCACACAUGCUCUCUUGAUUGGAGAUGAUCCAUACUUCGAUGCUACAACCUGGGCGGAAUUUGGGGAUUGUGACCCUUGGUGGGGCAAUGUCAGAAGCGACGAUGAUUUUCUGGAAACAAUGGCUAUCAUAUCACAACUAGCUUCGCUUGGGCACGAAGUACGCAACUUUCGGAGUACUGUAUCUAUCGGGGUCUUGCUCUCUAUCCAGAUGGCUCUCGAAACACAAACUGUCCGACAGCUAGAGGCGAAGCAUACUCCCGAUCAAGCAGCUUGGGCAGCAUUCUGCGCCUGCUAUCGAUUCACAGCAUCUGUCUAUCUUUACAGAGCCCUCAGUGUCCUUGAUGUGAACCAUGAACUUGUUCAACAAGCCGUAGCAAGCUGCAUGGAGAUUAUCGGCGGAGAUGCUUUGACCAAUAAGCUUCAUCACUGUAUCCUAUUCCCAGUCCUCAUCGUUGGAUCACAUUGUUUGAAGGAGGAACAAAGGGCUGGCAUCAAGAAGAGUCUUGCUCGGACAGGACUCUUCUUGUCAUUCGAAAGUCUUCGAUCUUUGGAAGGGUUUCUGGAAAAGCGCUGGGAACAAUUGGAUCGUGGGGAUGAUUGCAUGACGGCAAGCUGGUGGGUGUAUUUUGAUGACAUCGCAAACGUAACCUGUUUGUUCUGA